CCCCCAUUUAAUAAUUCACUCGAUAUUUGCAGCAAUAAUUGCGCUGCUGAGUGGUGACUGUUUACCGGUGUUCCAGAGAAAGCUGUGGAGAGUGACUAUUGUCCUCGGACUUCCAUAUCUCCCAAGACCAGUAACCAGCUCCGGAUACUAUGAGGGGGAAAAGGGGAUUUUCACAGAAUUCCUGACACGCAAACAUGAGAGAGAUUAGAGCUGUAAUUCUCAUUGCAUAAGCUGGAUCUCUGCUGUAGUUACAAGGUUGUCUGUCACCUGACGGUCGGAUCGAGCAGCUGGGGACCCUUAUUCUCAGCUGCACGGUCAGCAUUUGUGUGUGUGUUUUUUUCCCCGUUCAAGUUGGGGGAGAGUAAAGGGGAAAGCCUGGGUAGCGGAGCGGAGAAACUCUGCAGCUGCUGCAGCCAGCGCGUCCUGUGCACGGCUGCACUGCACAGCGGCUGGGAGGAGAGAUCACGAAUACUAAUCACAACUAAUUAAAAUGAUGGACAAAAAAAAUGCAAACGGCUUUUCUCCAAAAGCCCCUGAGAGCGGGGGCCAGCGAAAGCAGCUGCCCUACUAUGUGGAAACGCCCUACGGGUUUCACCUCGACCUGGACUUCCUGAAGUAUGUGGAUGACAUCGAGAAAGGAAACACCAUCAAGAGGGUCCACAUCCAGCGGAGAAGCAAGGGCCCCAAAUUCAGCACUCUGCCUCGGAAUUUCAGCCUGCCAGGCCAUGCCGCACGAAGCGUGCCCAGGGACACCUGGGCGUCAACCUGCACUCUUGGACACAAAACGAAGUCACGCGUCAUGGAGGUAGAGAAGAUCUAUGAGUUUCGGCCAUGUGAGGGCAGGUCUCCCAGUUACCCCAGGGCACCUGGAGUCAGCUACAGAUCAGAUAAAGCUGUGGAAGAUGCCACUAUCAGAGCUUUUGAUGAGCAGCCCUUGGGCUUACACAUCAGGCCACAUCUACUCAGGGCAUCCAGUAUGCCAGUGACUGUCAUGAGGAAGAGCUCAGAGUCUUCGGAGGUUCUUGGACCUCAAGCUACUGGGGAGUCUUACAGGGAGAAUGGCUCCUCUGAGAAUGUCUCCAGGUCGUUGGAUGUAGGAACCAGGAGGAGCGGCGUGCUUGGGGAACACACAGGACUGCACCAACAGUUUGCCACGGCCCUGCAGAGGGUCCGCGAGCUGGAGGAGCAAGUCAAAACCAUCCCAAAACUCAAAGCCCAGAUCUUAUUGCUGCAGGAGGAGAAAGAGCAGCUCCUCCGGCGGCUUAACUCCCAGCCUGUGGUCAACAAGUGUCUGCCAUGUGAGCACCGGGAGAGUGCAGCUCAACAGCAUCGUUUGGAAGAUGCAAGUGUUUCUAGCACCAUUACCGCAGAACUAAGAGUCGAGCAGCCUCUCAUUGUCCCUGGUGAUGAUAACCCGAUUUAUAAGCUGGAAUCAGAGGGACAAGAAGAAACAGAGAGGUUCGUGGAGCCAAAGUUAGGGGCAGACGACAAAACAGCUUCCAUUACAGACCAAAUUUUGAUACAGGUAACAGUGGCAGAGGUAACAGAAGUAGCAAAAAAUUAUGGCAGCAGAGUGGAAUGGCCUUUGGAACAGGAAUCAGUAGGACCAGAACCGGCAAUGGGGACACAGGAAAUGGUGUCAAAGAAUCUUCUUCACCAGGAGGAACUGUUAUGGAACCCUUUGGCAGAGACACCAGACAAGAACAUGGAAGCUGAAGGAAGUACUUCUACAAAUGAUGUAACAGUGGAAAGUCCUUCAUCACAUAAAGAAGUAGAACAAGUGGAGACUAUGCAGAGAAGUCCCUCAAUACAAGAGGCAGCCCAUUUAAGGCUAGUCAUGGAGAGUCUUUCUACAAAGGAACCACCAGGACAUGAGGAGCCACUGAAAACAGCCCAACCAGAACAAACAGCAUCAGAAACCCAUGUUGUUUUUAGUGAGGGAGGUAUGGACCCCACAUACCAGCAAGCAGGUGAAGACUCUGAGGCUCUAAUCAUUCAAGCUCUUCAGGCAAAGCUAGCAGCCCUUGAAGAGCAGCUGUGUGACAUCAGAAUCGAGCUAGAAAAUACAAACGCUUUGCUAAGUGAAAAAAUUGAGGAGAAUAAGGUGAAGGAGGAGAGGAUCAAGCAGCUAAUGAAGAAGUUAAGAGUCUAUUCUGAGGAAGACAUGGAGGAUACUGACGAGAGUGACCAGAAAACUGAUGAUUUGGUAGAGACGGCACCAUCCUUCUCUGCUGGUUCACCUUCUGAUUUGUCUGUGAAUAAAAAUGCAGAAGAACUAACACUGACUUAUGAAAGAGCUUCAGCCAAUGAGACAAUGAUGUCAUCCAACACUAGUGGACAACUAAAAGACCUGGCAAGCUCGAGCACCCAAACAGAUGUUAUAGAGGUACAAGAUAGAGCGGUUUCAGUAAGUGUUUUAACAACUGAGAAGUAUGUGGAAGUUGGAGUGACUGUAUGCGACCAAGCUGUGGAAACGGAUCCCCAGGAGGAUCCUUGCCGCAAGACUCAAGAGGAAACUUUGAAGGCUGAGGAGCCGAAUGUCUCAGUGGAACCCAUGGACCAAGAAGGUGCUUCCUCUGAUCUUCUGGAGGAAGCUGGCUGCUUGGUGGAGCUGAAGCAGCCUUGCCAGUUGGACCCAGGACAUCAGCGCUAUGAGCAGGAUGGAGAGGAGGUGCCAGCCACAAACGCGGCCAUCGGCCAGUACGUGACGAGGAUCCAGGGCCUGCUGACCGAACAGUGGGCAUGCCUCAGCAGCGGGCACCCUGAGAUUGCCAGCACCCUCAAGCAGCCAGCCUCCAAGAUCAGCUCCAUCCAGACUCAACUCGUCAGCUCCCUGAAUGCUCUGUCUACCUUUUACUCUUCACCGGGGCAGAAAGGAGCCACCACUCAACAAGCAGGCCUGAAGUCCAUCAUGAAGAAGAACGACGAUGGCAGCCGGCCAGGAAGUGGCAGCAGCGGCGGCAAGAAGAACCUCAAGUUUGUCGGCGUGAAUGGGGGCUACGAGACGACCUCCAGCGAGGAGUCCAGCGGUGAGGACAACGUGGAUGACAGUUCGGAGCCCGAGGAGCAGGAGAAAUCUGGCGACACCAGCCCGCAGGAGCCCGUGCAUGUGGAGGCGGCGGGAUCCGACGGUGACCCGAGCACCCCGGUCCCAUGUGCGGGCUCCCAGGAUGAGCCGCCAAGAGGGGAGACGGUAGAUGAAGACUUCAUGGAGGCCUGCAUCUACCUCAAAGACCGGCUGGCAGAAAUCAGCUCCCCCGACAAAGAAAUGAGGCAGGUCCUGAUGGUGCUCUACCAGGAGUGGUUCCGCGUGUCCAGCCAGAUGGACUCGCUGGUGGACACGGUGACACUGUACCUGAAGCAGGUGGCCUUCACCGCCCCUACGCUCCUUCAUUUCCUCAUCAACCUCGCAGACGGCAAUGGCAACACCGCGCUCCACUAUAGCGUGUCGCACUCCAACUUCGCCAUUGUGAGGCUGCUCCUGGACACAGGCCUCUGUGAUGUGGACCACCAGAAUAAGGCUGGCUACACCGCCGUCAUGCUAGCCUCCCUGACCGCUGCCGACGGGCCGGAUGAUGUGGAGGUGGCACUGCAGCUCCUCAGGCUGGGGGACGUCAACGCCCAGGCCAGCCAGGCGGGACAGACUGCGCUCAUGCUGGCCGCGAGUCACGGCCGCACGGCCAUGGUGCGGGUCCUGCUGGCCUGCGGGGCGGACGUCGACACCCAGGACCAUGACGGAUACACGGCCCUCAUGUGUGCCUGUGAGCAGGGCCAUGCAGAGAUUGCCCGACUUCUGCUGGAGAGGGGCUGUGACCGCCACCUUGUGGACAAGGAAGGACACACCGCUCUCUUUUUGGCGUCAAAGGCCCCCCACGCCGAGAUCAUCAAGCUCCUUGAAGAGCACCCAGGCACGGCACCAAGCACCUCCGACGCCCACGAGCCCCACCCCUCUCCUCCACCGGCGCCGUAAAACAGCUCCACCCUGUGGCGAACCGUUGCAACUACAGCUCGUGUCCAUGCUACACAGACAGCACCCGUCACCCUGUUACUGGCAAACUGCUAUUACAUCAUUGCCAUGCCCAAGGGUGAAGGACCCUCACUGAGGCGUCUUCAGCGCAGCCUGCAGCACUGUAGUGGAGUCCUUUGGUAUAGACCACCGCCUGGAUGCCGCAUCACGUAUCAAAGACUCCUUGAACUCUUUCUGCGUCCACCUUCUGUAUGGGCUUUGGUUGUGGUCGCCUCUUUAUCGCUUCUGUGGAAAACGUAGCUGCCGUCUUCCCUGAGGGUCGUGUCUGUCCGCCGCUCCUCGUGGUUCCAUGUGGUUCCUCCUGAAGGUUUCACGGCAGGAGAAUGAACAAGCAGAAGCAACACAUC